UUUAUUAUCAUCCUUUGUGCAGGUAUAUCUGAACCUUCUUUUAUUGCUAAAAGUGAAGACCGUUUGUUUAAACAUUUAUUUGAAGACUAUGAACGAUGGGUUCGGCCAGUCGAGCGCUUGAAUGAUACCAUCAAAGUGAAAUUUGGUCUUGCAAUUUCCCAGUUGGUGGAUGUGGAUGAAAAAAAUCAACUGAUGACAACAAAUGUUUGGCUGAAGCAGGAAUGGGUUGAUGUAAAACUGAAGUGGGAUCCUGAGGACUAUGCUGGAAUAACAUCUAUCCGUGUUCCUUCAGCUUCAAUAUGGAUUCCAGAUAUUGUUUUAUAUGAUAAUGCAGAUGGUCAUUUUGAAGGAACUUCUACAAAAGCCAUCGUGAAACACGAUGGCACUAUUGCUUGGACCCCACCUGCAAAUUAUAAAAGUUCCUGCACCAUUGAUGUCACUUAUUUUCCAUUUGACCUCCAAAACUGCUCCAUGAAGUUUGGCUCUUGGACAUACGAUGGUUCUCAGGUGGAUAUAAUCCUUGUGGAUGAAGAAGUAGACAAAAGAGAUUUCUUUGAUAAUGGAGAAUGGGAAAUAGUAACUGCAACGGGUAUCAGAGGGAACAGAACGGAUGGAUGCUGCUGGUACCCCUUUAUUACCUACUCAUUUAUAAUUAGGCGCUUGCCUCUCUUUUAUACGCUGUUCCUCAUUAUUCCAUGUAUAGGGCUGUCUUUCUUAACCGUCCUUGUUUUCUAUCUUCCUGCGUAUGAAGGUGAGAAAAUCUCCCUCUGCACCUCGGUUCUGGUAUCGCUCACCGUCUUCCUCCUGGUCAUAGAAGAAAUCAUUCCAUCUUCUUCUAAAGUCAUACCGCUGAUUGGCGAGUACUUGGUGUUCACCAUGAUUUUUGUGACGUUAUCUAUUGUGAUAACUGUCUUUGCUAUUAACAUUCAUCAUCGAUCCUCGUCGACGCACAACGCGAUGGCACCAUGGGUCCGCAAACUCUUUCUUCACAGACUUCCCAAACUGCUUUGUAUGAGGAGUCACGUAGAUAGGUACUCGGUACCAAAGGAAGAAACCAGCAGCACCAGGGGAUCCGAGGAGUCUAGGGAUACUUUAGAAGCAGCCUUAAAUUCUGUCCGGUACAUUGUAAGACACGUUGUCAAAGAGAAUGAAGUACAUGAGGUUGUGGAGGACUGGAAAUUUAUAGCUCAGGUGCUUGAUCGUGUGUUCCUAUGGCUGUUCCUUCUGGUUGCAGUUACUGGAUCCCUGACCCUGUUUCUUCCUGUAAUUCAUAAAUGGGCAAGCAAAAUAAUACCAGUCCAUGUUGGGAUGGUUAAUAAAUAAGUGUGUGAGUAGGGGUAGAGUUCUAACAGUGUUUAUAGGAAUAUUAAUUCCUAGAUAUUUUUAAGCACAUUCUAAAAUCUAAUUAGAAAAUGUCUGAGAAUGGAAGUGGGAGGGGGAAACUCAUGGUUACAUUUAACCAGGAAAAUUGUAAGAUACAUGUUUUUUCCCUCUUAAUACCAUCAGUGCAUACCACUAGCAGGAUACCAUCAGUGUCCUAAGAUUAUUUACAGAAUAUUAUAGCAAAAUAUUAAUAUGACACUUUAACAUUUAAGGUGUUUAGGAUGCCCAUCAUUGAAACUGCUGGGGAAGUAGGUGAGAAGAAUACAGAACGUUUUAGAUUUUUCAGUCCGUUCGCAUGAGGCUUGAGUAAUCCUUGUAGUAGACGAGGGCUCUCUAUCUCUUACUCACAGAAUUAAGCUCGGUUCUCCAAGGAACUGGAUGGGGUAGGGAGGAUGAAAGGGGUAAGGCAGAACAGAAACUAAUUAAAUGUGAAAGUACACUAUGGAAUGUUUGGGACUUCCUAAUGCACUUUUCCCCUAAAUAAUCCCAAUUUUUAUUUCUGUUUCUGUGUUGUGAUAACCGAAGUAUCUAUAGUUUGCCAGCAAUUUCUGUGAUUGUAAAAAGGUAAAGACACCCUCAAGUCCAGCUCUACACUCAUGUAGUUUUCUUCAUAGCCUUACAGAAGCAAUUCAUUAUUCCUUUCUUAGGAAAUUGUGUUUUACCUCACAGUCUAAUGAACUUGGUGUGUUGAUUAUAGAAGUUGUUGUGAAGUAUCUGGGGCAUGUUCCUUUAUACAUUUUUCAUUAGGCACAAAUGCCCUCCAUGUUCUGUGAAGAAAACGCUAUUUAAGUAGACCUUAAAUUAGAAUCAACAGUCAAAUCAUGGAAUAAAAAAUGUCCAUCCCAAAUAUUUGCACAUAUGCUACAGCAGAGAUAUACAGGUACAUAUAAUUUUAAUAUCAUUUAAACAUACUUUUAGAGAGAUGGCAUAAAGUUGGAAACCUUUUGGGUCAGUAGUUCAGAAAUGAACAUUUGUGGUUGUAUGAGCUGGGGCACUUUAUCGUUCUAGUUGUAUUUUGUGUAUAGCUGGGGAUUUUCAAAAUAUGUAGAAAAAGUCAGAUUUAAUUUUAGAUUUUAGAAAUGUAUACUGAAUGCACUUUGAGGGUGAUAAUGACAAUAAACUAAACUUUGCAUUUGAUACUUGCUGUUUGUUAUUAAGUUUGUAAAUCUGAGGGGAAUGUUUAAAUUAUAUAAUGUAUUUCAUUAGGCAACAAUCAUUUGAAAAGUGGGUUAAUUAAGGAUUCUUUUUUAUUUCUCUGCAUUACUUAGAGGUUUUCCUGUCUUGCUCUCAGUCUUUUUUAUAAAAGCGGCUGAGAUUCUUUGCCUUUCAUGG